GAUCGCGAAAGUGCGAGAGUCUAUACCAUUGCAUGAUAAAGGGUUUCGCGGUUUUUGUUGACUAUUUGACAAAUACACAAGCUCUUACAAGCAGCCGACAUGCCUCCGAAAAAGCGAAACCCAGAGGGUGAGGGCAAAGUACAGGUAAAGAAACGCAAGAAGAAGAAGAACAACGAGGAUUCUGACGAUUCCGACAGCGACCACGGGGCUGGAAAUGGAGCAACACCGUUGAACAAUGAACCUGAGGAUGACAUCGAUAUCACUCUGGAGGGCUCCAUGCUGAGUGGGGAAGUGUUGUUUAGUGGCGGUACCAACUGGGACUUGAUCGGGAGGAGCCAGCUACCUAAAGGAGUAAAAAACCGAGGAGGGCCGAAUCUAUGGGGUCCUCAUCGUAUUGCGGGACUGAAGGAUGUCCGAAUCCGGACCGUGGUGUCAGGGUGCACCGGGUGUCACUGUGUCGUCAUCACUACCGAAGGACAGGUCUACACAUGGGGUCGUAAUGAGAAGGGUCAGCUGGGGACCGGGGAUGCAGUGAGGCGGGACGUCCCCACAAUCGUGGAGUGUCUUAGGGACAUCAACAUCAUUUCAGCAGCUGUGGGGAAGAAUCACACACUAUUUCUGACAGACAAGGGUCGAGUCUUCGCCUGUGGGGACAACAAGAUGGGUCAGCUUGGCCUCGGCCAUCAGAGUCCCUCCGUUCCCAGUCCCACUAGGAUCCAGUUCAAAGGUCCUCCAAUCAGGAAGGUCGCGUGUGGAGCAGAGUUCAGCAUGAUAUCAGACAUCAAUGGAAACCUCUACUCCUUCGGAUGUCCAGAGUACGGGCAGCUGGGUCAUAAUUCAGAUGGUAAAUUUUUCGUCACAAGUAACAAAUUGUCAUUCAAGUGUGAGCUGGUACCUAGAAAAGUGGUCGUGUUCAUCGAGAAGACACGAGACGGCCAUGUUGUUCCUGUAUCAGAUGUAGAUGUACGAGACAUCGCCUGCGGAGUCAAUCAUGCGUUAGUCCUCGAUACAAGGAAAAGAAUAUUCACAUGGGGUUUUGGAGGAUAUGGGAGGUUAGGUCAUGCGGAACCGAAGGAUGAUCUGGUACCAAGACUUCUGAAAUUCUUUGAAGGUCCCAACAGGGGUGCGUCACAAAUUUACGCAGGGUCAACAUACAGCAUGGCAGUCAGUGAACUAGGUGCACUGUAUUUAUGGGGCCAGACGAAGACAACAGGAGAGGCAGCAAUGUAUCCUAAACUUGUACACGAUCUGACAGGCUGGAAAAUACGAAGUGUGGGCUGUUGUAAUCGCAGUAUAGUGCUGUCUGCAGAUGAGAGUGUCAUUAGCUGGGGCCCAAGUCCAACCUUUGGUGAACUCGGUUACGGUGAGAACAAGAUGAGAUCCUCGACUACACCUCAGGAAGUCAAGCUAUUGGACGGUGUUCACGUCCACGCCAUUGCCUGUGGCUACGCACACUCAAUCGUCAUCGCAAGAUGUGACACGGAAGAAGAUCAGAAAAGAAUUGAGAGAUUCCCCACGUAUACACCUUGACCUGUUUACUCAGUGAGCAGAGAGUUGCCGACAUUGCAGAAUUUCAUAUGAACCAGGGUGCCGUUGUACAAAGCAAUCUUAGCUCUGAGGUGAUCGUAACUCCCAUACCUUAACAUAGAUUUACGACAGUCGUAGCACUGAGGUUGUUUUGUACAACGGCACCCACUUCUGUAGAAGAUGUCCCAGACAGGCUAAAUUCUCCACUCAGAACUACUCAUGGCAACAGAACAAAUUUGAAGCAUGUCUAAUAAUUUGUACUAUACUUAGUAGUAUAUGACAACCAUUUUUAUGAUCUUGUAUUUUUAGGAAACUUUGUUAAUAUUUUUAACAAGUUUUGAAAUACUUACUUUGAAAAAUCUAAGUAUGAUUAUACAAAUUUGAACAUGUUUUUGCAUCCACUGACAAUGAAAUAUUUCUGAGCUGUCCCUCAAACGAAUUGUUUCGAAGUGUCAGCAGUAGGUGUUAUUGCAUUAUCAAUUUGAUGACUUCAUUCCAAAAUGGUUCACGUUCUACCAUUGACUGUGAGGCAACAUGUAUCAAUAGCCUUGUCUUUAAGGUUGUGAAGAAACAGCUUCACUAAAAUAACGUUCGAAAGAACAAAUCAACAAUUGCGUGAGGGUUGGGCCAAAACAAAAUACAUGUGUUUCUUAUAACCUGACGACCCACUAGAACUUGAUUGUUUUCAAUCCUGUUUGUAAUUUGAAACUGAACCAGCCUCUCUCAAGAACUGGUGAUGUGGUUAAUUUGAAACUGAACCAGCCUUUCUCAAGAACUGGUGGUGUGGUGGUCUAGACUAGUGGUGGUUAAUGCAUUGGAUGGUCGCACCUAAGACCAAGAACCAGUUCUCGACGUGGGCAGAUUCUUGGUUUGAAUGACUGUGAUAAUGCUAAAAGUGACACCAUACUUAAAGUCUCAACAUGAUGCCUGGCUCGAUUUAACAGUAUAAAACUUGCACCAGUGCAACCUAUUUUUGAUGAAUGCAAUUAGUAUUUAGGUCGACAUAUAUACUUACCAUUACUUGACCACACAACUUCGAUCUUUGAACACACUCAAUACCUCUAGGCUUUAUUCAAAGUACAAGUAUUUAUUUAUCACUAAUCUCUGUGUUAUGUGUAAUUCAUGACACGGUCAUCAGAGAUCUGAGAUCGUCUUAUUUAGACAAGUGUAUGCAUCCGUUUCAACUUCGAUAAAUUUAUGGGACCAGGGUGCAACCUGGUUUUGUCUGGUGCAACCAGCAUUUCAUGUCAACACCUGGUGCACCUGGUGCAAGAUAAAUCAGUUCCUUUCAUCGAGUGCAGUAAUGAAACACAAGUAUUUUUUUUUUCUGGUACCCGUUUCCAAGGAACAUUUCCACAGCCAUGAGAAUGAAACUAUCUUUGUGAAAAUGGAUCUUUUCUUUAAGCAAUAUCAAACAAAACCAUGAGAGAAAGAUGUACAUUGUACCAUUCUCCCACUUUGCAAUGUCCCUUAAUGUAUUUUGAAUAGUUAUGCCAGGAUACCUUCAGACAUGAAGUAGUUACAAAUUCACAAUCCCUGAGACUUCACAAGUUCAGUAACUCUCUACAGUCCUAGUUCCUGGAAUUACAAAUACCGUAUUCGACGUAAUAAGCGCCCGGUGCAAUCUCAAAACUAGAAAUAGGGGUCUCUUAUUAGAAUAUUAUUUUGGUGGAAAAAAAAAUAGUUGAAAGAUCAUAAAUUUUGUUAUCAGCAGAUAUCACCGUGGGCGCAGAGCAGGGCGCUCAUUACGUUGAAUAUGGUAUCUGUUCAAGGUCUUGUGGAUUUUUAUUUCGGACCUAUGGCACCAUAAAUGUUAGGUCAGCCUUUUUGACUGUUAGUAUUUGGCGUACAAGAAAUGUGAACAUUAUGACGGCGAACAUCCAAAUCUAAUGCAGAUAUAAUUUGCAAGUUAUUGAAAUAACAUUCACAGUGAUAAAGACUAGUCCAUUAGCCCAAGACGUGAAAAUCCAGAGACUACUUGGUCUGUUUUUAAAUGUUCUAGUUAUUUUACACAACUACUUGUCUGAUAGCUGUGGACUAGCUAGAUUUAACCAAUGGUGUCUACCUCUCAUUGGCUAAAGUUGGGGUGAGUGUUUGGAUAGGAUACACAAAUCAGUCCCUGUGCGAGAUGGAUUUCCCUUGUUUUAACUCUGUACAGAUACUGUUGCAAUAAAUCAAAUAUAUUCAAUAUUUUAAAACUAGUGCACCUAAGUGAAGCGGGUUAUGUACUCAUUGCUGUGCUAUGUAGAUGGUCAUUGUUCAUGAGUGUCAGCCAUUUGAUUCAUUGUAAAUACCAUCUGCAUUCAUAAUGUAUUCAUUGUCUGCUUCCUGUCUAGUUUCACAGUCAUGCUGGAUUACGAUCAUCACGGUGGAAAAUAAUUUCCAAAACUUGACCCCACUUCGGACAACUGUUUGUUUGAGCCGUUAGAAACUGACACAACACCAUUCCUGUGUUUGUUCUGAACCAAACUUUGGGUGAAUGAAAAUAAACAAAAAUUAUAAGGUCUCCUUCAAUAUAAUGAUUACAUAUCUGAUGGGGAAUAGCGUGGCCAGUUGUCCGUUGGUCCAUUGGUCCGAGACUAGCAAAAAUCUUGAGUGGCUCGUUUUCUUCCCCAAGCUGGUAAAUACAGCGGUCAUUUUAUUUGUAAGAAGAGUUUCUUUUUCUCAAAAAUGAAAUGAAUCUUGGGACAUUUCUAUUUAAGGCUGCAAGAAAUUAAAGCUGUCCUCAUUCUGUUGAUGUGAAGUUUUCUUCACUUGCGUGUUAAUGAACUCAUCAGAAAGUUUGGAAUCAAGUUAAAAAGAAUAGAGAACCUGUCUGUCAUCUCUUGGCCUCCUUUUGUAAAUGAACUUGGUCUUAUUUUUGUUUGAGUGUUGAUCGUUUCCAUGGUGAUGGGUAAUCAGAUUUGAAUGUGACUCUAGUUACCAGAAGCCUUUGGUGUUGUAUUUACGAGGCAUAUUAUGUUACAUUGUCAUUACUUGUUAGUUAUCAUUUUCAGCAAUUUGGUCCAAAAGUGAUUCACUUAGAACAUUGUAUCAUGUCAUACUUGUGUAAAGGGCAUUCAAAAAAAUCAAAUAAACUGAAUGUAUAUGAA